CAAGUACAAACUUCCUACAGCAAACAUGGCCAUCCCAUUCAAGCACCACCCUCGAUCUCAACAAAUCUUCGAGCCUCCGCUCAUUGCCAAUGAGAAUGCGUUUCUGGGGGAUGUGGAUUCGAGUGACAGCUACAACCCCGAAAACCCCAUCUCGGCCGGCUUCUACCGUCUGGAAAAAGGCACCCCGCUCGUUUACGAAUACACCUUUGAUGAGAUGAAGAUCAUCCUGGAAGGCAAGUUCGAGAUCUCGGAUGAGACCGGUCAAAAGGUUGAGGCUUUCCCUGGGGAUGUGUUUCAUUUUCCCAAGGGGAGUAAGGUGACUUUUACGACGCCGUCUUAUGGGUUGGCUUUUUUUACGGGACAACGGGCCAAGACUGUUUGAGUGAUGAUGUAAUUGGAAUAUUCUGGGUUGUGUUGAAUUUAUUCCUUGCUGUUAAACCGGGCUAUUUAUUACUAUGUAUUAUUGAGAAAGAGAGGGGGGGGUUAGUCUAGUUGAUGGCUGGGAGAUGAAC